AUGACGACUACCAGCAAGCUUCCCUUCGCGAGAUACUCGCCCAGCGAGUCGUCCCACGACGAAGGACCCCAGCCUUCGACGCCACUGCAGUUGGAAUGUUCCACUCUCUUUCGCGACGCACAGCUCAAAAGUUGCGAAAUCCUUGCCCGUCUCGACCUGUCCCAGUCCAUUACGGAACACCGUUCGUCGCAAUUCGCGCUACACAUGUUGGGGGACUGCGAGUUUGCCAGGAAAUCCUACGCUCUCGCUAAAGCAUUCUAUCACCGGUGCUACGUUUACGACCAAAACUUGUAUCGGUGGAAAGAGGCGCAAUGCUUGCACGCCGUGGGUUCGUUCGUCGAGGCCGCGUCCGUACUGGAAACCGUCCCUAACGAACACCGCACGAUGCCCAUGAAUAUGGCUUUGGCCAAUCUUUACGUCGAGACCUCCCGCAAACCCGCAGCCGAGGAAAUCUACCGGACCUGUGUGCGGCAGAAUCCGUACGCGUUGGAAGCUCUAGAAAUACUCUCCAUCGACUUUCAAGUCGAGAAGAGUGACUUGCUCACGCUUCUUCAAGAAGGUUUGGAGGCCCGGGGAGAAGGACCCAAAGUGCCGGAUAUUCUGCAAGAUGUAAUGAUGGCAGCGGCGGCCACGUCGCCCUUGUAUCGUUCCAAAGCCGUGGAGGCCAUGCAUUCGUGGAGUCGUUUCGAUUCCACCUAUCCCAACAAUACUUACUUUCUCAAACUCAAGGCAACCGUACAGCUCCAAUGCAACCACGAAAGAGGGGCCUUGGAAACCUUUGAGCACAUUCGUAGCUUGGAAAACGCGACGCUGGAGCACAUGGACGAAUACGCAGAAAUUCUCGUGCACAAAAACGACCUCGACGGCCUCAAUGAAGUGGCCGACUCCAUGUUAUUAGUGGACGACACCCGACCCCAACCAUGGGUAGCCUUGGCCUUGUAUCACCAAGCGCGUGGCGAUCACGAAAAGGCGCAAGCCUUUUGUGAAAAAGCCAUUGACCUCGACCACCGCCACAGUCUCGCGCAUCGAGUACAGGGUGCGAUUUUCCUCGCAGACAAUCGUGUGGAGCACGCGGCCGUGGCCUUUUUCCGCGCCAAUGAACUCAAACGCGACGUUGUCUGCCUGGAGGGUCUCGUCGAUGCGUAUUUGGCGGCCCAUAAAGGCAAGGAAGCGCGUGAUUGCGCCAAACAAGUCCUUACGUUAAGUUACGAGGAAGCCCGUUCCCAAGCACUCCUUGGAUUGGCCAUGGCCAAGGGCGCAACCAUUGUUCAGGGGCGGGACCGGGAUCUCGCCAAAAAGUAUUUGCGUCGAGCGCUAUUGAAGGACCCCACGGCGCCUCGUCCGUUAUUCACGUUGGUCGAUCUUUGUCUCCACCAGGAAGACUACGACGAAUGUAUCGCGAUCCUCAAGAAAGGUCUCGAGGGCACGUCGGAGGCGUUGACUACUGGCUUCCGCCAACCAGACCCGAUCUAUUGCCGCUUGGGCGAAGUGUAUACCGAAAUGAAGUUGUAUACGGAUGCACUGGAGUGCUUCCACAACGCUUUGGCCAUCAAUCCGGACAAUACGACGGCCGCCCGGGCUCUGGAACGGACCGAGCGCCUGCUCGGUGGUACCGACCCCGAGUCCGAUUUUCACGACGAAAUUGUGGAGGACGCGCCGUCGCAGGAAAGUGACGGUGGUGGUACAGCCAUUCCGUACAAUGGCGGGGCAGAGUACUGA